UCGCUUUUGCCGCGGUGUUGCAAUUUGCAGACGGUCCCUGAGCAUUCUUCAUAGACACCAAUGUUAUUUCUACAGCAAGUUUGGAUAAAAACUGGGCUUGAACCUUACAACGAUGGGAAAGAGUGAUCGUUUAUGUUUUGACAACGUAUAUCUAAUGAGACAUUGUUCCGUAAGUCCAAAUCUGUGAAUAUCUUUCCAACUUUACCGAACUAUUGUGCAAACCCGAACAGCAACAACAGUGGAAUACGAGAAAGUAAUGACCAGCCUCCUCCGACUCUUCUGGAAUUACAUGAGCAGGAUUUGUUGCUGAAGUUCUGCCUGUCGACUCCUCCUACUGCAGGGAGCAUAUCAGGAUACUUCCUUAUUUCUCAUGCAUUUGUUGUUCGACUCCGAUGAAGAAAAGUCAGAAUGUUUUUUGAGCUGUUUUCAGCAACAACAUGGACUUUACUGGCUCUUCUUUUCACCCUGGUGUUACUGUAUGGAAUUUGGCCAUACGGGUUAUUCUCACAGCUGGGGAUACAAGGACCAAGACCUCUGCCUUUUAUUGGAACAAUGCAUAACGCAGUAAAGGGAUUAUUUGCUUUUGAACGUGACUGCCAGGCCAAGUAUGGAGAUGUUUGGGGGGUGUUUGAUGGACGAUUGCCCGUUUUAAUGGUGGCCGACCCUGAAAUGAUUAAAGCUGUGUUUGUGAAGGAGUGUUACUCCGUGUUCACCAACCACAGGGAUUCUAUAAUAUUUCAAGGACCUUUGGCAGAUGCCGUUAUAUCAGCUAAAGAUGAAAAGUGGAAACGAAUCCGGAGCACAAUAUCUCCAUGCUUCACCAGUGGAAGACUCAAACAAGUUUAUCCUGUUAUUGCUCGAUAUGCAGACCGACUUAUUGAAAAACUUGCGCGCUCAAAUUUGGACGAGUCCGUCGAUGUCAAACAACUUCUGGCACCUUACAGCUUAGACGUGGUGACCAGUGCAUCUUUCAGUGUGGAGACAGACGCCAUAAACAACCCAGAAGACCCCAUUAAUGUUCAUAUCCGGAAAGUUCUAAACUUCAGAUUUUGGCCCAUUUUAUUAAAAUGGAUGCUUCCGUUUGGUGGUCGGCUGCUGGAUCUUCUGAAAAUCGAGCCGAUGCCCAGACUCAGUGUGGAUUUUUUCUACAACCUCAUCAAGAGGUUCAAAGACCAGCAUAAUGCAGGAGAAUCUACUCAAGGAGGCUUUCUGCAGGUGUUGAUUCAGAACGAGAUACCAGAGUUGGACGUAAAGAACGAACAUGAGCAGCCCAGUAAAGGUUUGACUGAACACGAGAUCCUCUCCCAGGCCUUCAUCUUCAUCUUCGGUGGCUAUGAGACCACCACUGUCACUCUCUGUUAUAUCUUCUACAAUCUGGCCACAAACCCUGAUGCCAUGCAGAAGCUGCAUGAAGAAAUCGAUGCCAGUCUCCAGAAAGAUGCUGCCAUUUCUUACGAGGAUCUGGACGGUCUUCAGUACCUGGACCAGGUCAUUAAGGAGUCCAUGCGUUUGUUUCCCACCAUGCCUCGGCUUGAGAGGGCAUGCAAAAAGACUGUGCAGAUCAAAGGCAUCACCAUCCCUGAAGGAACUCUGGUUGGGCUUCCUGUGCACCUGCUGCACAAGGACCCUCGCUACUGGAGCUCACCUGAGCUUUUUAGGCCAGAGAGGUUUGAUAAAGACAGCGGGGAGGAGGUGAACCCAUACGCGUUCAUGCCGUUUGGUCUCGGCCCUCGUAACUGUGUUGGGAUGCGCUACGCUAUCCUCGUCAUGAAGAUGGUCAUUGUCCGUGUCCUGCAGAAUUACACUUUGGAAACGUGCAAAGAAACCAUGAUUCGGCUGGAGUUUAACAGGGGGUUCCAGCUGAUGAAGCCCAUUAAGCUGAAGAUGGUCCCCAGAAAACCGUAAUCCAUGAGGGAACAUUUCCACAUAUAUCAUGUAUCUGAAAUACCAGCUAACACAUUAUUUUCAGGUUGCUGUUUGAUUCAGACAUUAUGUUUAGAAAUGUUGUAAAUUGGUAUAUUUUUACAAGUGAUGAAGAUUUCACAGAUUGAAACCAUGUUUUCACUUUUUUUUUAAGCUUGUCUUUCAUGAACCAGCCCCAUAUUUGAGAAAAGAUCCUGUGUGGUCUUUGUGUCAAAAAAGCAGUAAAUAUCACACUGUAUUGCUUUUGUAAAUAAAAAGUUUCACAUAUUUGA